UAACGUCUUUCGACUGGGCUAGACUUCGCGCAAUACUCCACUUGGCCAUCGCUGGUCUACCUGCUCUCAUAACACAAUAAUGUCUUGAAUUGGUUAUUGUUUUUUUUUUUGGUUAUUUAAAUUUAUUCUCUUUUCAAUAAAAUACUCUUUUCUCAAAAGAUGGCGAACUUUUUUGGAAAACUGAUGUUAAAGUUUUUCAAAUACGCACCCAGUUAUGUGGUGUGUCUGUGCUUCCUGCCCUGUGGCUUUAUCUUUGGUUAUACCAUUUGUUCUUUGGUGGCCGAACGCAAUCUCAAUGCCUCGCUAAAUGAUUACGGACCUCUGAUCCUGGGUGCCUGCUGGUCUGUGGUCACUGCCUUGACCAUGCUGGCUCUUAAGUUUCUAAAGCGAUGCAUUGUCUAUUGGCAACCGUGGAUGCUUUUAGUGACCGGAGUAUUGAAUUUAGUGGCCAGUUGCUUUUACUUUGCCGAUGGUUUUGAUCAUGUGGGCGCCUAUAUAUCAUAUAUUGCCCAUAGUAUGACCUUUAUCGCUGGAUAUAGUUUUCUGCAUACCAUAAGCUCCAAGGAGACCCGCUCUCUGAUGAUCUCCGGCUGCUGUAGCUGCUAUUUGAUGGGCAUUGCAUCGGCCGUGAGUUUGAUAGGAACGGCAUACAGUAAAAAUCUAGAAAAGUAUACGGGACAAACGGCUACCACGGAGCAAUUGAUUGAUGGAAUCUAUGUGAAUUUUGCGGCCACAUAUCUGUGCAUUGCCGCUGCCAUGCUUGCCAUCCUGAUUGGUCUGAAAGUACUCACUUUCAUCGGCACUGUGGAUACGGUUAAUAGUCUGGACAACGAUUUGCGAAUAGCCAACACAAAUGGCAGCAUCUUUGAGCCACGAAAGGAAGUGAUCAAACGACUUGAGUUCUUCUAUGUGACCAAGAAUCAGCAGUGGAAUGUAACGCUUCUUCUGCUCUUUAUAGAUGCCAUUCAGUAUGCUUUAUUCAUAUAUUUUGUCUACUGGUUCACCCUGAAUCCCGCCAUGAGAUUAACCGAUCUGGCAAGCAUCGAUGCCAUGUUCUGGGUGGUUUUCGCAGGUAGUGUUUUAGCCUUGAUUUGCCUGUGCUUCUAUUCGGUUAAAGUUCACUUUGUGACCACUCAAUUGUUGUUAAUUUUUCUAACGCUCCUUGGGAUGGCCAUUUGUAGCACCACCGAUGAUGGUAAAUGGACAUUCUGGCUGCUUCUAUUACUAUUUGGCUUAUCAUACUCCAGUUUACAAGUUGCUUUGCUUGAGGUUACCCAUCUACGGUUAACCGAGUGCAUCAUUUGCAUCUCCUAUGUAUUGAAAUUAGUAAGCACCAGCAUUGUCUAUUACUAUUUUGUGGCCGAUGCGAAGAAUUCGUAUUUCUAUGCCACGGACAAGAGCACACUGAUGGCACAGGGAUUCGUCUUCAUGAUUAUAACUUCAUUGUUGGCCCUAGUUGUGGGCAUGAAGGUGCCGCGUACGCAUCGUGCCCAAUUGCUUGACAUACAGUAUGAGGUCUAUGGCAUUAUAUUCAAGAAGCAUCAAAUCGAGCAACUUAAUGUACGCUGGCUAAACGAUGGCACCAUACCAACCAUCAGUCAAUGAUAUAAUUAAAAAAUUUAGCCAUCAAAUGUAUACAAAUAUAUAUACAAUAUAUAAAUAUGCAAUUAG